CUCCGCCUGUCUCCUCCGGUCCUUCCACAAUGGUACAGCCAGCAUCAGCUGCACAAUGGUUCCCAGGCAGUGACAGAGCGUGAUUCAGCAACCAAGCUCUUCUUUUAUUCUGUUAUCUUCAGACAUUUUGCCUCCCCUUUUUCUUUUCUCCUCCAUUCUCUUUUAUGUAAUUCUUUAAAGGAGAACGUUGGAUCCAGCUGCCCACAUUUUUUUAUUUUUAUUUAUAUUUUUAAUAAGAAGCUCAUCUCUUCCUUGGCACUGUUUGGAAUGUGGCUUAACAAUACCACCUGACGUGCAGCUGGGGGAAGGUGGCUGGGUGAGGAGGACAGAGGCAGCACGGAAUGGGCUAGUAUUAGAAAGCUGUACCAGCAGCCAGCCAGUCUCCAGUAUCAGCUAUGGCAACUCAUGUGUGAAGCUGAUGCCUUCAAACCAUUUCCUAUAGAUGAGGCAUAGCACAUGCUGUGCUAGAUAUUGACUAGCUCCUGUCACCACAGUCAGCAUGAACAGGAAGUCAAGAGUUUUGAAUAAAAGAAUCAGUAACUGGCAACUUAGAGAUUGUUCCUUUCUUCCCCACAACACUAUUUCUCACUCCUGUACUGUAUACAACCUGCUGACUUGAAUUUGGUGAGACUAUAGGAACAUACAAGUGACAAGAGAAAAUUUGGGCUAGCGGUUUCUGUUACUCUAAAACUCUUCCUGACGUAAGCAAGCCCCGUUGGAAGCUGUUGCAUUGGUAUUUAUGAGCCGCCAUUUGUUGUACUAUUGUGGUGAACCUACCCUGGAUGUGAAGAUUGCCUUUUGUCAGGUGUGUGUUCCUUACAGGUAAAACAAGGGAUUUGGGAAACAAGUGGAUGUGUCAUACAUUGCCAAGCAUUACAACAUGAGCAAAAGCAAAGUUGACAACCAGUUCUACAGUGUGGAAGUGGGUGACUCGACCUUCACUGUUCUCAAGCGCUACCAGAACUUGAAACCAAUUGGCUCUGGGGCUCAGGGAAUAGUUUGUGCUGCAUAUGAUGCCAUCCUUGAUAGAAAUGUGGCCAUUAAGAAGCUCAGCAGACCAUUCCAGAACCAAACCCAUGCCAAGCGUGCUUACAGAGAGCUGGUCCUCAUGAAGUGUGUGAAUCACAAAAAUAUUAUCAGUUUAUUAAAUGUCUUCACACCACAGAAAUCUCUGGAGGAGUUCCAGGAUGUUUACCUGGUGAUGGAGCUGAUGGAUGCCAACCUGUGCCAGGUGAUUCAGAUGGAGCUAGACCAUGAGCGAAUGUCCUACCUGCUGUACCAAAUGCUCUGCGGCAUCAAGCACCUGCACUCUGCAGGAAUUAUUCACAGGGAUUUAAAACCAAGUAACAUUGUGGUAAAAUCUGACUGCACGCUGAAGAUUUUGGAUUUCGGGCUGGCCAGGACCGCGGGCACCAGCUUCAUGAUGACUCCGUACGUGGUGACACGGUACUACAGAGCUCCGGAGGUCAUCCUGGGAAUGGGCUACAAGGAGAACGUGGAUAUAUGGUCUGUGGGAUGCAUUAUGGGAGAAAUGGUUCGCCACAAAAUCCUCUUUCCAGGAAGGGAUUAUAUUGACCAGUGGAAUAAAGUCAUAGAGCAGUUGGGAACGCCCUGCCCAGAGUUCAUGAAGAAGCUGCAGCCAACUGUACGAAACUACGUGGAGAACCGGCCCAAGUACGCUGGCCUCACCUUCCCCAAACUGUUUCCUGAUUCUCUCUUCCCAGCUGACUCAGAACACAACAAGCUCAAAGCCAGCCAAGCUCGGGACCUGCUGUCCAAAAUGCUGGUCAUCGAUCCAGCCAAGCGCAUAUCGGUGGACGAGGCCCUGCAGCACCCAUACAUCAAUGUCUGGUAUGACCCCGCCGAGGUGGAGGCGCCACCCCCCCAGAUCUAUGACAAGCAGCUGGACGAGCGGGAGCACACCAUUGAGGAGUGGAAAGAACUCAUCUACAAAGAAGUAAUGAAUUCUGAAGAAAAAACGAAAAAUGGCGUAGUAAAAGGACAGCCGUCUCCUUCAGGUGCAGCAGUGAACAGCAGCGAGAGCCUCCCCCCAUCCUCAUCAGCCAACGACAUCUCCUCCAUGUCCACGGAUCAGACGCUGGCGUCCGACACGGACAGCAGCCUGGAAGCGUCGGCGGGGCCACUGGGGUGCUGCAGGUGACUAGCCGCCUGCCUGCGGAACCCCGCCUUCUUCAGGGGGUGACGGCGUCCAGAGGGAAAGCAACAGAGCUAAGGGACAGAGGGAAAUAAAAUGCACAGAUUGAAACGAAACAAACAAAUCUUUUCCGCCUGCUUCUCCUACAGAGCUAUGUAAUGCAGCUCAGCUCAAGUGUGUAUGUAACUCAUAGUUGCUCUGCUUUGGUCUUCUGAUGAUGCUUUCUGGGGUGGGGGAGGGAAAGGAUUCUUCGGAUCCUUCUUUUUCCCACCCUUACAAGAUGCAAAAUUAAUGGCUGCAAAACCAGCAACCCACAGCUGUCCUGUAACGCUGGCAUGACAAGGUGCGCAGUGCCACUCCACAACACACCAGUGCGGAUCUGCCCUCACUCUGCUCUGUUGUCUCCUGCUCCCUGGGGCAGGUAUGGAUAUACGGUUAGGGAUUUGCAGAUAGGGAUACACACACAUUUUUUCCCCACGCAUGAAGAUCACACACACAUGCCAGUAGAGUUCUGGCUGUGUAUGCAGCUGUGUGCCCAUAGGCACACAUCAAUCUGCAUUCAUGCUCAGUGCACCACGCAACUACAUGGCCCAUUUCAGGUGAGCAGCAUACAUACAAGGGUGCUGUUACCCAUGUAUAUGUCGUGUCCUUGGUCACGGAUGAGGCUGCGCAGCUUGUGCAAUGAUUUGUGGAAGUGAAAAUAACCACACUGAGCUGUGGCUCCCUCAGAACCUUGAAGAUGUAGCACAGUGUUUUUGCUGAUAGCUGUAUAUAUACUUAAAGUCAGUUUGUGCUGGAGGAUGGUGCUGCAGAGCUUCACACAAUGUUUAUGAAUAUUGGGAAGAGUUCUGAUUUUUAGAGCAGAUACACUCAGCUAAGAGCAGGUUGAAGGAAGCAUAUCAUGUGUUUUUGCAAGGCAUGGGGAGCAAGAAUGGAGAUUCUUUGUGCAUGUGUAUGCCCAGAAAGGUUUAUAUCAUGAAGCAAACUUCUUCUGUCCAUAUUCAGUGAAUUCUCUUUAUUUAUAGAGGGUCUCACUACUGUGAGUUCCAGAUAUAUUUGUGUGUUAGGGAACAUUAUAAGUUUGGGGAACAGACAGACCACAGUCAAAAGGAUAUUUGAUGUUUAUUUUUGUAUUUUUGUUUUGUUUGUUUGUUUUUACUGAGUUCAGCACUGGGAUAUCUGCAGCCCUCCUCAGCAUGUUUGUGGCCAAGAGAUGGUUUCUCCUUUAUGUCAUUCCCUUGCAGGGAUCUCCAUCACUGAGCAAAGACCACCCUUCCCUGGGUAUCUUUGGCCAUUCCUUUGCUUUUGACAAACCAUCCAGCUCCUUGGAAGUGUUACCAGCUGUGUUACAUGGAAAAGAUACACAGAGUGGGUCCACAGAAGUGAAAUGUUUUUCCAAAAGUCAACAAGAAAAACUGUUUAGAAUAUUUUACUGGAUACUUUAAAUUUACCAGUUAUAAAGUAUUCCAAAUUCUCUUCCGUUCUCCUGGAAUAUAGCUGCUCUGUUGGGUGGCUCACACACCUGCUGUUCUGCUGUAGGACCGGAAAACAAUUGGAGUAGCAGGUCAGAUUUUCUUCAAAGGGAAAAAAACAAGAAAUGAAUCUUCUCUCCAGGGUGCUGAGGAAGGAAGAUAUAAAUGCAUAUAAAGUCAUUUCAGACCUGGUAGCAGAUCUGUGCUGUAGUAGGACAUGAUGUGGUUUGUUUGUUUUUUUUUCCUCCAGGGAUGUUUUUGGUUGAUCUUUUGGGGAAAAAAAGAAAAUACGAUUAGGUCUAUGAUUUUCUAAAAACUCAUAACAGUAACUGUGAAAGCAAUAAUUUACCACUGCUAAAAGAGUUAGCAAUAUUCUUUCUUAAGCCAUGAAGCAUCAAGUCGUUGUUCGGUGAUGUGAUGCUCACUUCAGUGCCAGUGAUCAUAAAAGUAAUCAAAGCAAACAGCAAUGCUUUGUAAGCGUGAAGGCAAUAACACCACGGUGACUUCCUAGCAAUAAUGAAAUGUCUCACCUCCAGAUUUUAAUCAUCAUACCUAUAAAUAGUACUUAGAUAACCCAGUAUCUUUUCCCCAUUCCUUAGUUUGCACCAUUCUAGUGUGUUAUUUGACCCCUCACCCCAAAGAAAUCUCUAAGAGGCAGAGCUGCAUGUAAGAGAAAGGGCAAAAAUUGAACAGAUGCAGAAUGUUAGCAUGAGGAAUAUGCUGUUCAUCACCAGCCAUGUUAUGGAGAUGUGACAGAUGCGGUAGCAGAAGAGCCACUUACAGUGGACAGGUGCUUGCAGAUCUCCCAUGUUUUACAGUGAGUCCCAUAGCAUAAUUUGGUCUGGUUUGGGUUCAGGACUGCUGGGCAGCAACCUGGGAAGCACAGAAUAUAUUCUGCAGAUGGGCAAUGAAUGAGCCUAUAGCACAGAAUGUAUACUGCUGUGUUCCCAGCAGCCAAUUCUUCUAACAGCAGUGCUGCACAAAUGUUUGGUGGCUACCAUAGGGAUGCCUAUCAAGUUUCACAACUAGCACGUGCUUCUGUCUUGUGUUCAGUAGUGCUCAACACAAGCGCAUGUUGAAGUGCCUUGCUGAAAUGGGCCCAUAACAAUGGCUGCCUUUGGUUUUGGCAGUAAAUGAGUUCAUCUCCUCUUUAAGAAGCUCUGUUUGCAGGAGGAGACUUAGGGCUGUCCACAUUGGACACCAGAAAAAAAAGCCAUUGAUAACACAAAGCAAUAGUCUCUUUUGGUCUUGGUCCUCAUGUGACCUGGCCACGCUGCGUGGUGGCUGCCACAUAGGGCAUUUCCUCUGUGUCUGUAGGUUGUUGCUGCCAACUUUAUCCUACAGGAGAGUGUGUACCCUCCAAUAUGGAUGACACUGGUGGCAAUCUGUAGCUAUCCUAAGGUGCAGACAGGAUAUUCCUUACAGAUCCUGGAAUUUGGAGACCCUUCUCUUCAGGUCCUUUUCUUACUAUCCCAAAGCUCUGUGCAAUGUGACCAUAGCAGAUGUAUUUUUUUCCUCCUUCACAGUGACCUUCCAAAGCUACCUCUUCCAUUAUAUGGUCAGUACAUAUGACUUCAGGAACAGUUUUCAGCUCAUUCUCAAGCUCGAAGCUGUAGGUAAAGAGAUGUAAAGAAUUGGUAACACAGAGGUGUAAUGGCAGUUUUUUCAAAGCAUUGAGGCACUGAAACAGCCAUCAGACUCUUGGCAGAAGUGCAGCAAUGGCAGCACUUGUUUUUCAGUAAGAGUUGCUCCUGAAAGACGUUCUUCCUUCCCUUUUCUUUUUACUGAUGAGUUUAACUGAGCAUUGAUUUACUUUGAGUUGAUGGAAGGUUGCACGUGUUUUCAGUCCAGCGGUAAAUUUUGACAUCAUUCUUCAGAUGCUCACUCGUCAGCCAGAAUAGUGUAUACAUAUUCCAUCAGUAUAUAACGUGUCUUCAGUGAUUUCAGGUGUUUAUUUGGAUUGGUUACAGACUGAAAUAUUUGAAUGAUGCUAAUGCUGAGAACCCACCCACACUAUUCAGAUUUACAUGGCAUGGAUACAUACAGGCUUUUGUAGCAUAUAAAGGAGAGCUCAGAUUGGAGUGCAAGUAUUAUAACUUGUAAAAAAAAAAAAAAAAAAAAAAAAAAGGAGAAGAAAAAAAGAAAAAGAAAAAGAAAGAAAGAAACAUAAAGUUUGGUGAGUGCUUCCCUACAGCACUACUGUUUAUCCUCUGGCAAUGAUCAGUUCCUGCCUGAUGCUGGCUGACCUCAGGAGGUCAUGCGAGCCAAGUGGUAAUGUCACUACACCAUUCUUGUACUUUUAUAACAGAAACUGACCAUAGGUAUUUACAUUCAUUUAUAUAGUUCUACUUUUAAGAUUUGGGCUAAUAAUCCUGAAGAGAUGAAAUCUGUCAGUGUGCCUUUAGGAAUUUUUUCAAAACGCUGCCACGACACUGAUAUGGACUGUGUUCUUCUUUCCCCCCAACUUAUUGGCUCACGGAAAUAUGCCAGUAGUCAGUGCUAGAACUGCCAAAGGGAGUCAGGCUGAGCACAUUUCAUCGCUACAGAAUAGAAAUAUUUUAAUUUGAAAUAACCUUUAAAAGCCACUUAUAUGACGAAUGUUGCAGGAUUUUAUGUGAUCAGAAUCAACAAUUCUAAUUUCAGAUGUGUUUCUUUUUAUGCUUACCAUCGUUUCAAAUUUUUGUGUGAAUUCAAGCGUGCAGAAUAAUGAAAAUCUCUUUCCCCUAAAGUUUUUGAGAUGAAAACGAUGCAUUUCCCAGCAAACUCCGUGUGCUUCCAGGGAGAGCACUAUGGAAGGAAACCUGCAGGGGAGAAUCAGCCUUUCCUUUUAGUAAUCUGGAAAAAAAAAAAAAAAAAAAAAGGCAGGUAGGCAGGUUUUACUUGACCUGUAAGUUGUGUAUGUGUGUGAAAGAAAGGGAAGUGCAUGCAGGUGUGAUUUUUAGAACACCAGUUGUACUCAUAUUUGACCCAAAUUUUCAUUGUGGAUAAAGAGUGUAGUUGUGACAUAGCAGCACAUCUUCAAGGAGCUGAGGUCUGUGCUUAUUGAACUUCCACCACCUCCACAAGGGCAUGAAGGUUCCAUGACUGCGAGCUCACAGUGACCUUGUUCACAUACACGUGCAUGCUGAAAGAAAAUCAUUGUGCACAAGGUCUGAAUAUUCCACAAGUCAGUAAUGUCUCACUUAGAUGUUUGGGGGCGCAGGGCAAUUAGUGAGUGUGUCACCUUCACUGAUGAGCUGGAAAAUAGAGUUGUCCAUGGAACUGAGUGCUGAACGUAUUUGCAACUUUGCCAGUGCAGCCAUUUUUUUUUUCUUCCUUGUGAUUUUUUUUUUUUUUUUAUUUUUUAAAUUAACUAUUGAUUGCAAGAAAUGAAUGGUUUGACUUCAUUUUUGUUCAGGCUCUUUGACCCAUAGCAAGUUUGAGUUCUAAAGAGGGUUUGAUUCGACAAAAGAAUGUUGAAAAACUCCACCUGAGGCUAUUGGUGCCUUCUUAGCUGAGAGUGAAAAGCUGAAAAGCACAUACUGAAGGAGGACAGUCAUUUUGGGAAGUAAGUGUAUCCCUCCCAUGCUUGUCAUUUUGGACAGGUACACCUGUCUCUUUACUAAUUUUCACUGAAUGGGGCCAUUCCUGUCUUCUGGAAAGCAAGGUAUUUAUGAUGUAUAUAGUUGUAUGGACAUUUUUUUUCUUCUGUAACUAAUAUGUAAUCAACACAUGGCUUAUGUUUGACCUUUUACAAUAAGGCCACUGUAUGCCUCAA